GAGCGCCCACCUUUAACAAAAGCUUCAUUAGCUUCGUUUGUCAUCUAUUCAAUUUAUAGCGAAAUGGAACUUUAUUUUUGAGGAAUUGUAGUUUUUGUUUUAUUGGGGAGGCGUCGAAGGGAAAGUUGCUAGUGCGUUAGCCCGAUGGCGUUAGCCCCGUCGCUUUGACAUAAAAGGCUGCCCUGCGUUUCUGUUUAUGGGAACACAGUGUGCCCCUUGUAGCGGACCUGCGUCUCUUUUUGUGUAAUUAUCCAACCUUGCCUUGCCCGUGAGAGUGCCACUGAAUCAUAGUUGGAUCGUUAGUCUUGGUCAUAUCAUGGAGUGACAUCGACAGCCCUGCUAAUGAUAGAGGUAAAGGGAAUUUGGGAAUCUCGCGUCUUCACAACUGCUAAAAAUACUCUCUGACUCCUUGAACCAGUGUGCCCGUCCACACUUUUGUCUUUUCUUGUGUGUGGGACAGGAUCCUCAAACUACAUGGUCCUCACACUCAAUUAUAGAUCACCAGAAGAGCGAAAAGGACCCCAAGGCGCAGAGUCAGUUCAGUCAUAAAGCCUUGUUUUCAGUGGCAACUCUCCAAGAAACAAACUGGGUCAUCUGUCAAAGCUGGAGACGAUGUCGGAAGAUAACACCGCAGACAAGUUUAUCAAGGAGACUUCAAUUCUCGAUGAGUAUAACAUAAACUGGACACAGAAGUUGGGAGCUGGGAUCAGUGGACCUGUACGAGUCUGUGUGAAAAAGUCAACCCAGGAACGGCUGGCCCUCAAGAUCCUCAUCGAUCGCCCCAAGGCAAGGAAUGAGGUGCGCCUCCAUAUGAUGUGUGCCCAACACCCAAAUAUCGUUCAGAUUCUGGAGGUGUAUGCCAACAGUGUCCAGUUCCCACACGAGUCCAGCCCCAGGGCUCGACUCCUCAUCGUCAUGGAGAUGAUGGAGGGAGGGGAGCUGUUCCACAGAAUCAGCCAACACCGACAUUUUACUGAGAAGAUGGCCAGCCAGGUCACAAAGCAGAUCAGUCAGGCCUUGGAACAUUGUCACUCCUUGCACAUCGCACAUCGAGACCUGAAGCCGGAGAACCUGCUGUUUAAAGACAACUCUCUGGAUGCUCCAGUGAAGUUGUGUGAUUUCGGUUUUGCCAAAAUUGACCAAGGAGACUUGAUGACGCCCCAGUUCACUCCUUACUAUGUAGCACCUCAGGUACUUGAGGCACAAAGAAGACACCAGAAGGAAAAAUCUGGAAUAAUACCUACCUCACCCACUCCCUAUACAUACAACAAGAGCUGUGACUUGUGGUCCCUGGGCGUGAUCAUCUACGUCAUGCUGUGUGGCUAUCCUCCGUUCUACUCGAAGCACCACAGUCGAACCAUCCCCAAAGACAUGAGGAAGAAGAUUAUGACCGGUAGCUUUGACUUUCCCGAAGAUGAAUGGAGCCAGAUCUCAGAGAUGGCCAAGGACAUUGUGCGAAAACUGCUGAAGGUAAAGCCAGAGGAGAGACUCACCAUAGAGGGAGUCCUGGCCCACCCCUGGCUCAAUUGCACUGAGGCUCUGGACAAUGUGCUGCCGUCUGCACAGAUGAUGAUGGAUAAGGCUGUAGUAGCAGGGAUCCAACAGGCCCAUGCAGAGCAGCUGGCCAACAUGAGGAUACAGGAUCUUAACAUCAGCCUCAAACCCCUCAACUCUGUCAACAACCCUAUUCUCAGGAAACGAAAACUACUUGGGCCAAAGCCCACCGAUGGUUUCUUCAUUCAUGACCCAGAAAAUGGAGACGAAGACGCAAAUAUAGCACUAGAAAAACUACGAGAUGUCAUUGCACAGUGUAUACUACCCCAAGCUGGAGAAAAUGAAGAUGAGAAACUGAAUGAGGUGAUGUACGAGGCCUGGAGGUUCAACAGAGACUGUAAACUGCUGAGAGAUGGACUGCAGGGCCUCAGCUGGGACGGUCAUGCUUUCUCCGAUAAGGUGGACCGGUUGAAGUUGGCUGAAAUCAUAAAACAGGCCAUUGAAGAAAAGACAAAUCUCCAAGAAUCGCAUUAGCAAGUGCUGUCUGUCCUAUUUUUUAUAUUGUUAAUUAUGAUCCUUUUUAACCAUAUCUGUAAAGAUGCUUUUUUAUGUCCAAUUAUGAGCUGAUUUCAUGUUUUAUGAAUUCACAAGCACGACUUACUGUACAGCUGUGAAUACAUUUCAAAAGAGGACUUAUUGCUACUAACAUUUUUAUGGACAUGUGCAGAGAACAUGGUAAAAAUAUGUUCAGUUUUGCAAAAAAGUAAAAAAAAAAACUAAACAAAACAAUGAAAUUACCAGUCCAAGACAAGACGUGAUAUUUUCUGGGAGAGAUUUUUAUUAGCAACUAGUCCAAUGUAAUCCAGUGUUUUUACCCCAAUAAUUUAAGUUAGAUGUAUUGUAUUUUGAAUCAUCAUACAAACUUUAUUUAUUUUAUAAGAGAGUUCGUUGUUUUAUAUAUUAACUGUAGCCUGGCAGUAGUAGGUUCUAAAGUAAAGACGCUGUCUACACUGUGACCCUGUGUUCUUCCAUAAACUACUGCAGGAUUUCAGAUCAUUACAUUCUACUGUUACUACUAAUCAGAGUCAAAUCAAUAACACUAAUAUAAGUGUUUUCAUAAUUUUGGAUAUUAAUCAUGAAAAUAUAUUGACCAGGAGAACCAGCGCCCAUUGAAGGUCUCGUCCUAGAAUCUGAAAACCACAAAAUUUGAAUUCUGUUUUCACUUUCCGAAAUUCUUAGCUGCUCAAAAAUGGACACAAAAUUUUAUGCUAAAGUUGAACAGAAAGGACAAUUUAAAAGGGAAUUCCUAAAACCUUUUUAUCAUAUCUGAAAAUGCAUUUACAUUUUAUCUGUUCCACAUUCUGCAUUCAUAAUACACCAUUUUGUGCCGUUUAAAACAUCUGUACCAGUUUUAUUUUUGUUCACUUUCCAAACAGAUAAUUUCCUAAUUUUGUAAAUAGAUUUUAAUGGUAUUUUCCUUUUAAAUUGUCUCCCUCUUGUCAGCUGCUCAUUUUUGUGUCUACAGCAUGAGCUUUUCAAUGCAGUUUUUUCUGGUGUGAACCUUCAGAAUCUGUUAAACUGUGAAUUCAACAGAAAUCAAACAAAAUGCAGAAGAGUUUGACGCUAACUGAGCCUUUUUCAAAAAAUCUUUAAACAGAAGAUGGAUCGGUGAGCUCCUCUAUGGAAUGUGCAAUACGACAUUAGCUCCACAUAAGGUUGGGCAAUAUGGCAUUUAAAUAAAUCGAAACCGCUGAUCUGAUCCUUUUGGAAAAUGCUAUUUAGGUGAUGCGGUUUAUUUCUGUUAAAAGUAAAUCUAUGGUGAAACAUGGGCACUUUUCACUGCCCACUGCUCCUUCAUCCUAUUUGAGCGAGUGACAAGUGGAUUUUGCCAAUCACAGGAGUAUGAUAUUUCUACAGUCAUCUCUACAAGGAUGGACAAUAUAUAAGUGCCAAUUAUAACUGUAUAUAUAUAUAUAAAUAGACAUGGCUAACCUGCUAGCCGCUAACUGCUGCUGUCAGGCUCGUCAUUUUGGUCUUAAAAUGUUUGUUUUAACCUGCUCUACAUGAUUCUGCUAUUUUACUUAUUUUAUUGCAUCCGUAAAUCAAGAUAUGAACAUUAAUAAGAGACAAAUCAACUGCCUUCUUUUACUGAGGUUGCUCCUGCUAGCGUUAGCAACAGAUAUGAUUGCCAGCGUUAUUAUGCGCCCACCCCUUGCCAAACCAGUGGGAAGGGCGGGAAGGGGCGUUAUCUUCAUCAGCUUUGCUCCUGAUUGGCUCUUUGGUUGCUAUGAUACUUGCGGUCGGAUUCCUAAUAUGGAUCAGUCAGGUCUCAUGUCCUCCAUUGCGUCUCAAACCCUGUCAAACGUGAUCGCCCCAAUCAGAUUUGCUUAUUUCAGUGACACACGUGAAACAACGGAGUCACCUAUGAUCACCUAUGAUGAUCACCUAUGAUUUACAAAUAAAAUCACAUUUCUCUCACCUCAGAUUAAUAGUUUAGUGCUUCACCCAUUGAUUCUGCAGAAAUCCGCCUUGUUUUUCAGCCUCCUGUGAUAUUUUUUUUCAAUAUGGACAGACCAUGCUUGUCCCUGAUUGGCUAAUCCACCUGUCAAUCACGCUCAUUUGAAAACAGAGCUUCACCAGUGACCAGACUGUGGUUGAGAUCCCAGGCAAAAGGAAGGAAUCCAAUCCUACCUUUUUCCUAAUAUUAAAGUCAUUGUAAUCACACGUUUAUUAGCAAAAGAAUAUUUCCACCGAGGAAAAAACUAUGAGUCCCCCGAUCUGAUUUUUAUCAUAUCGCCCACAGCUUAUGUCCACAUCACGUUUGGUUCAUCUUGCAUGUAGUUAAUAGUAGUAGUGAUAGUACGAUGUAGCAUUGCGUCAGUAUUCCAGUCCAGCACAGAUAUUCAAGCUUUUUACCUUCUUCCUCUCCUCCGUCUGCUGCAUUUUAAAGAAGGGAGAGAUGUAAAAACAAAACUCUCAGCCUAAAAAACAUGUUAACAUGUUUACCUGAUGUUAAAACCCAUUUGAUGAAGGUCGUCAUAUCGUUCAUAAUAUUCAAGAGUAUAAUGCUUUAAAAUGGGGGUGGAGGACAGGUCAGGAUAACAGAGAGAAUUUGGCUUUUUUGUGAAAUUUAAGACUACUGCAGAUAUUAUUACCUUUUUUUGUUAAUAUCGCCGUAAUCCAGAUUAAAGGUCCCAUAUGACACUAUUCUCUGAUCUAUGUUAUAAUGUUGUUUCCUCAUCACAAACAGACCUGGAGCUGAGUUUUGUUCCAUUCACACAUGUUUAACACACAAACCCUGCAUAUUUAGGCUGUAGCUGUUAACUUGAAGACUACCGCUUCAUGACAUCACAAGGUGGAACAGCGCAUUUUGAGCUUUGAUUAGAUUAAUAAUACAGGGUUACUUAAACAUGUGAAUGAAACAAAACACAACUCCAGGCAUGUUUUUAAUGAGGUAACAGCAGUAUAACAUGGCUUAAAGAUCUUAAGAUCCAGUUUUGUGUUAUAUAGGACCUAACAUCACAAAUGAACUAGGGGUAAAAAAAAAUGUGUGGCAUUUUUAAAUUACACAUCUAUGAUUGAAUUUAGAUUAAAAAGGUCUAAAUCGAAUUUUGUUCCAAGUGAGGAACAGGGUUAGGCUUUUCUCUUACUGAUGUUGAACUAUGACAGUGAAAUGAGUUCUGAUUGGGUGAAAUCAUUUGUCCCUGGCAAUUCUUUACUUAUGGUGUGUAUGUAUGGGGGGGGGGGGGGUCUGUUGUCCCCAUAGACUGUAUAUAUAAAUGGAUAUAGCUAACCUGCUAGCCGUUGCGUUCCAAAUAGAAAGUACUCAAGGGCACGCUUCCUGCUCCAUCGACUCUGGCUCCAAUUAAUUUUCUAUUGAAAAAUUGUCACCCCUCUCUCUGUAUCUGCUGCUCUCAGGCUCGUCAUUUUGGUUUUAAAAUGUGUAUUAAUCCAUUCUACAUAAUUCUGGUAAUUUUAAUUAACUAUUGUGUCCGUAAGUCAAGGUAUGGACAUUAAUAACAGACAAAUAAGGUGCCUUCUUUCCCCGAGAUCAUUCCCUCCAGCCUUGCUCUAGAUUGGUUCUUUGGUUGCUAUGAUACUGGCGUAUGGAAUUCCAAACAUGGAACUCUGCUCAAAAUUCGCCCCUAUAACUGUUAGUGUUCAGCUCCAGUCAAAUGAAGCUUAAGGCUUAGGGUGAGUCACACUCACUUAGUCCACUUUAUUAUACAGUCUAUGGUUGUCCCAGACCCCAGGGUCUUAGGGGCCCAGAAUUGGACCCUCUUCCUAUUAAUUUAUAUUAGAGGGGGCUUUAAAGGUUUGUUAACCCAAUCUCUAAAAAUCAGGUUCAAAAUUUAUAGAUAUUUGUUUGGAUAUUUAAUUGAUAAUUGUGCCUCUAGAAUUGGCCCCUGCCCUCCAUCUGAAAAUAUAACAUCAAAUUCUAUCAUGAAUGAAACCUAUGGAAUAUUAACGCAAAUCUGGGAGAUUUUUUUUACAUUUUGUGACACUCGAGCGUUUCUGGUGAACCACAGCAUGACGAAAAGCCUUAUGAAUACACACAUAGCAUGUUUUAUGCUCAAACGUGCCUUGUUUUUCAAUCUACACAAUGCUAAUCAAUGCUUGUAGAGCAGCUCACUCUACAGUUGUACAAAAUGAUUUUAAAGGUCCUAUAUUAUGCAAAAUUGACUCUUGUGAGCUUUAAGCCAUGUUAUGUUGUUACUUCCUCAAAAACAUACCUGGAGUUGUGUUUUAUUUGAUUCACACAUGUUUGAGUGACCCUUUAUUAUUAUUGUCUGUCUACAUCUCCAAAACUCAAAAUGCUCAUGAAGCUACCUUUUACCUUUUGUUCAGUAGAGUGACAGUAGUGCAGUAUGUGUGUAUGAAUGUGUGUGUGAAUGGAUGAGUGGUUCCUUGAUGUAAAGUGCUUUGAGUGACUUGAAGGUGGAAAAGCGCUAUUUAAAAAUGUGAUUUUUUUUUUAACCAUCUAAAUUUGGAUCCAAAUGAUUCUAGUGAAGGUGUAUGGAGUUUAAAAACACAGUGGAGCACUUCCUGUCUUAACACAUGACAUCACAAGGUGGAACAGAGUGUUUUCAGUUUGAGGGAAGAACUCAGUCUAAAUAUGCAGGGUUUGUGUGUUAAACAUGUGUGAAUGAAACGAAACACAACUCCAGGUCUGUUUGUGAUGUGGAAACAACAUUAAAACAUAGAUCAGAGUAUAGCGUAAUGUGGGCCCUUUAAACUGUUUUUUUCCCUCUCAUAUCUGAAACAGUGUGGUCAUUUCUUUGCUACGGUAAUUUAUUUUUGAUUCUUAAGUAUUUUUGUAAACUUCAAAUCUCAGUAUGCAGACAUGAUUUAGCAAGAGUGCGUGCUAAAUGUGUUCCUAUAGUUUUUGUAUGUAUGCCUUACUGUACGCCUGGUUUAUGCUCUUAAUUAAUGUAUCUCUAUAGAAUUGUUGUUUUGUAUUUAUUAUGGGUAAAACCAAGAUGCUUCCUUCCAAAUCAAAUGCAUUUCUAUUUACAGGCGACGAUUUCUCAGUCACGCAAUCCAAAGCUUUAGUCCAGCCCGUGUUAUGAUCCAACCUACCUCCCUCUCGCAGUAGCUGCACCCAGAGGCCGUCGUUAUUCUGAAAAUUUGAGCUUUUUUAUUGAUACAACCAAUGAGUUUAGUUAGUAGCCAGAAAUUAUACACAAAUACGAAUACUAUUACUUUAGAACUGUAUUACUAAAGUAGAGGUUUUGACUCAAAUACUACCUAUUUAAGGAGUUAGCGAAUACACUACUCAAGUAUGGAGUAACUGUUUGGAAGGGCAUCUGAUUGAUUUAUAGUUAAUCCAACCAAUCAGUGCGUUACAUAAUGCACAAGAUUUUUGUAAUCCCAUAAAAGGCCUUUUAACAGCUUUUAAUAUUGUAAAGAUUAAGGUUUUCAAAAGUGCCGAUACCAAGAUGCUAACAAAUGCGAAAACUAAUAUAGAAAAAAAUCACAUUAACAAAAAGUUUUUGAAAGAUUUACACUGUCAAAAGUCUGGGCACACACACUCAUUCAGUGUUUUUUUUCUAUAUUUUAACUACUUUCUAUGUUUUAUAUACAAAGAAGACAUCAGAUAUAUGACGUAAGAUCAAUGCUGGAAGAAGUAUUCAAUUUUGUUACAUAAGUGAAAGUACAGAUAUUGAUGCAAAAAAAAAUACUCAAGUAAAAAAUGUACAGUAUCUAAAAGUAUUUCGAGCAGAUUUUGAGAUCAUAUAAAGCUUCAAAUGUUGUGAUUUUGAUAAAGAUUUGUGCUGAAUUUUGUUCAACAUAAACAAAUUAAUCGAUAAUUUUUUCCAGCAAUUAAAAAUUUGUAUAUUUUUGUUUGGUCAAAUUAUGAAUGUGUUAAAAAUAAACCCUCAGCCUUUUCAGCAGGUUUUAAACUCUAGCUUUUUUCUUUAUACAUUUUAUAUACAGUACACACAGAAGACAUCAAAUAUAUGAAGCAAGAUAUAUGGAAUUGUGUAGUAAAGUAGUAAAAAUAGUAGAAAUAACUUUGAGUGAGAGGUUGUGUCCAAACUUUAGACUGAUAAUGUAGGUCAGAACAUAGACUGCGCAUGUUUAAAAAGCCUUUAUUAUCUCUAUGGUAUCAAAAAUCAGUUUCAUAUCUGACCUUUUUCUCAGUAUUAAAAUAGUUAGAAAAAUGAAUGUACCCAUAAGAUAAAGCUUUUGUCACUUAAACAUACUCGGAGUACUGCUACUUCAAAAUAUUACUCAAAACAAAAGUAUAAUGCGAUGCCACUAUAACAGAAGGGCAAUUAGUUCAAAACGGUACUUGAGAAACACAUUUAAACACAUAAUAAAUAUAACUUUACUACUGCCCUCUUAUAUAACUUUUUAAAAAACGUUUCGCUGGCCUUGCACUUUGCUUCCGUUGCUUCCUUCCUCAUUUUGCUGUUUGUAAACGCGAAGUCAGGAUAAAUUUGACACUAUUUUUGGUACAGUUUAUGUCAGAGUUCAUGAAAUCAUCCCAACAGCCCCCACUCUGGCUGGAGCUGAAGUAGCAUGUACUCGGAUCAUAAAAGACGAUGUUUUUAUCCACUUGUCUUUUCUGGAAUGUCAUCAACAUGCUGACUUUAAUAAAGAAAACAUGA